CCCUCACCGUCCCCCUCUCCCCUCUCCCUGACACCACUGAGCUUCCCCUCCUUCCCCACCCCACUAACGCCCCCUCCAAUGAUCCUGGUCCCCAAGGCCCGCGACGAGUACAGGGUGGCCCUUCAGCAGCAAGGUGGGCCAGAGGGUGCUGAAGCGGGGCCCAGGACAAACAGACAGGCUACCCAUGUAGUGGUGACUCAAUCAGAGUCCCCUACCUCCUGCGGGGACUAUACAGAAAUGGCCUUCAGCCUGAAAAACAACAACGUCCCCAGCUCCACGUCCAACAACACCUUCCCCAAAGCCCCCUCCCCAGCCAGGCCCGAUCCCCCAGUCCCUGUCGUCACCCUGGGCCUGGACUUCCCCCUGCCUAAACCUGGGCCCAACCCGGACCACGGGGCUAAAGUGAUCCGGGCCGACCCCCAGGGCCGCAGGCGCCACUGCUCCGAAACCUUCCUCGCCCCUCUCCCUCCCCCCUCCUCCAACUCCUCCUCUGCUGCCUCUCUCUUCCCGGAGCAAGCCCAGGCCAUGGUUCGCCGGCUUGGGUUUGAGGGCAUGCUGUGGGGGAAUGGAGUGUCGGCCGAGCAUCUCCCCUCGCAGUUCCUCCACCCUGGGCCUGGCCUACCCGCUGCCCAGGCUUUGUCCAUGGAGCAAGGCCUUAACUACAUAGACUUGGACUUGGCCAACAAAGAGAGCCUUCAUUCAGCCUUAGACGGGUCCUCAACCGUACAGGCUAUCCCCCCUCGCCUCUACUCGUCCGUACUGAAUGGGGCGGGUGGGGUGGGGGUGUCCGGGGCGGGCAUCGGGGGAAGUGGAGGCUCCAACCUCAACACCUAUGCCAGCAUUGACUUCUACAAGUCAGAAGAGCUGCGGACGCAUCCGAACGGAAACAAAGACGGUACAGAAUGCUGAUGUCUUUGCCCUUGCCUUGGAAUUAUGGGAAAUAAAUAAGAGAUCCUGAAGCUCCUCCUCCUCAUCCUUGUGUGACAGCCAAUGGGAAGACGGGUUGCACUGGUCACACCUCUGAAGCACUUUGGAAGGACUGAUGGAAAACCUUUUAUUUUUAUGCUUUCAGUGUAUUGGUUGUGAUGACCAAUGGGGAUGCGUGCCAAUGAUAUUCUGAAAACCUAUUGGUUGCACUUAGCCUGAGAAGGGAGGACUCUAAGCCAAUCAGAGAAGAGUAUGAAGACUGACUGCUGACUGGGAGCCAAUGAUUUUUUUUCGAUCAUCAGCUUAAAUGGAAACCCAAUUAACCAAUCAAAAAUAAGGAUUUAAUCUAAUGACGGCUGAAUAUACAAAGUAUAAAAACAAAAUAUAUAGAAAUAUA